AUGUGUAAACCAUUCCUGUGGGCGCAAAGAGCCGAUUGUCUAUACGUUACCAUUUCGUUGGGUGAUGUAAAAGAUAAAGUGCUUGAACUGAAAGAAGGCUCCUUGCUUUUUCGAGGAAAAUCCGGAACGCCUNCUAAACGCCGCGAGUAUGAAGUUCUCCUCGAGUUCAAUGGUCAAGUAGUCCCUCAGGUAUUACUUUGCUGUCAAUUUUAUGGGCUUUCAGGAAUCAUUGUAAUGUAUAUCAAAAAGAAAGAGAACGGCUUCUGGCCCCGGCUCCUUUCAUCUUCGGCUAAGCAACCUUGGUUGAAGGUUGACUUCAAUCGUUGGGUGGAUGAAAAUGAGUCAGAACCGGAAAUGGGCGGGAUGGACAAUUUCACUAACAUGUUCCCAGAUAUGUCCAACUUCAAUGAUUACGGUGAUGAUGCUGACGCCGAUGUAGACUCGGAUGAUGAAGAACAGGCGUGCAGUGGCGCAAGAUCAAAUCGAAGUUAUUCGUUAACUCGGGUACUCGGUUAUUCCACUAUUUACGUGUCCUGA